AAAUCGGAUCCCGGAUCCAUCACGUCUUUGCUCAAAAGAGAAACCCUACAGUAACCAGGGGCCAAGUUCCUCGUCCUGAAUCUCUCGAUUUCGAUCUUCUUUGAUGGAAUCAAUCGGUUAAUCAAGUUCCUCGUCCUCGCUCUCUCAAAGAAAGAAGAUGUCGAAUAAUCACUCCAGAGACGAACCAAGCACCGCCCCGAGAACAGAUCAAUGGUACGAUCUCGUCCUUGGCUCCUCUGCUAAAGACGAUUCCUCCCAUAAAUUCUGCACCUUGCGAUAUGAAUUCAAGCCGGCUUCUAUCGACAAGAAGAGGUCAGGGAACCUGCACAAGAAGAAAGACAACAGAGUCUCCGUCGAGUUUCAGAACAACCAGCCUGGCAAACCUAAGGUGACGUUCGAAGGGAGCAGCGAGGAUUAUAAGGAUAACGACGCUGUUCUGUUUUUCGACGGGGAGAAGUUUCGUUUGGAGAGACUGCAUAGAGCUGUCAAGCAGCUGAGGCAUCUCAGGACUCCUGGUGAAUCUGCCGCCGCGGCGGCGGCUUCUUCUCAGUCUGCAGUGCCUCCUCCUCCUCCUCCUCCUGUGGAGCAGCAGCAGCAGCAUCGGUUGUCUCCUCCUCCUGUUGUUGCUCGUCCUGCUUCUAAGUCUCCGCAUGUGCAUAGAAGUUUGAUUCCAGAUGUGCCUGUUGAAGUUGAAAGAAUCGAAAUUGGGAAGCGGGAGAGUUCAGUAAUUGCAGCUGAACCUGCCAUCCCGGGAAACAAUGCACCAUAUAUCUCACCAGCUGAUGACAAGAACGAAGAAGAAGGAGAAGAAGGACAUCACGAGAUUGAUUUGGUUGAUAUAUUCGGCUCAUUUACACCGGAGAAGGACAAUGCAGAGAGAGAUGACGCUGACGCUGGUGGAGAAUACGAGGAGAGCUUAAAUAAACAGCUUAGCAUAACGGAAGAGGAGAUUGCAGAUGUGGACGACGACAGUGGCGGCGAAGGAGAGAAGGGUCUGAACGCAGCGGAAGCGCUUAGAGCGCAGGUCAACGCAGAGGUGCAGCAGAAACGUGAAAGCUCGAGCUCGAGCAGUAGCAGCGGAAGCAGCAGCGGGAGCGACAGUGAUGGUAGGAGCAAAAGCGUAAGCAGCGGAAGUGGGCAGAGUAGCAGCGGAAGCAGUAGCCGUAGCCGUGGAAGUGGAGGGAGUGACGAUGAAGAUGAAGUCAACUCCGUGUAACAGAAGAAUACAACAAUAUUACCGAACUUUAUUUGUGUCUGAAUAAUUUUGGCUGGCUUUGAAGAUCCUCCAAAAGGGUAACUUUCACUUACUUAAGAAUGAACAAAGCAGACUAUAGAUGAUAUGGUCCUGUUUGGAACAUUAACAAAUCCAGCUUCUACUUGUGUCUUAAA